AUGGGAUGUUUGCUUCUUGUACCCAUCUGGGGCCUCUCUCUAAAACAGUGCCCUGAGCACCAUGGGAACAACUGCUCCUGGGCUGGCUGUCUGUGUGAGUCUGCCCUUUCUCAACCAAGAGCCUGGCUGUUGCCAAGGCAGAGGCCUCACUUUGACCGUCCUGGAGAUGUUAUGGUGGGUGGCAGCUUCUCCGUCUUUCGAUUCUCUAAUAGUGCCCCGCCUGACUUCACUGUCCCACCAGCUCCACUGCUGGCUUCAGAAGUUUCCCAGUGGGGCUACCGGGUGGCCCAGAGUUUCGUCUUUGCCAUCGAGGAGAUUAAUAGGAGUGCUCACUUGCUGCCCAAUCUGACCCUGGGCUUCUCCAUUCGAAACUCUGGAGAUUCAGUGCAUGGAGCCGUCUAUGAGACUCUGAGUUUUCUCACGAGGCAGGAGGAGCCCGUCCCCAACUACACCUGCCAGCAUGGCUCUCCUCACCCUGCCCCCGGCUGAAUGUAUGGAUAGUGUAGAGAGAAGCAUUAUCCCUAUCCAUUGAGGAAGAGACUGAGACUUUUUAAAAAUUAAGAUGUCAGUUACUCAUCCUCACUACCCAAUCUCAGUGACAAGAUCCAGUUCCCAUCUUUCCUGCGGACCCUGACCAGUGACCUCAGAUCAUCUUUUGCAGUGACCCAGCUGAUAAUUCAUUUUCGGUGGUCCUGGGUGAUCAUUCUGGCCCAUGAUGAUGACUUUGGACAGCAGGCCAGCUCUCUGGCCAAUCAGGAGCUAAGGUCAGCUCACGUGUGUAUUGAGGACACUCUCCAUGUCCCUUCCCAUGAGUCCUCGGGGAAGAUUGAAGAAAUUGUCCAGAAGAUGCAGAAAUGCACAGCCAGGGCUGUUCUGGUUUUCCUAAGCAAUGCCAAUUUCCAAAUAAUCCUGUAUGGCUUACUGGGCACCACUGUGUCGGGCCAGGUCUGGGUCAGCAAGGGAACUCUGCACAUGGCGCUCGCCCUGAGCAUUCCAGGCAUUUCCCAGGUACUGCAUGGCACAUUUGGCCUUCUGUAUCACAGCAGCAGGGCAAUUGGCUUCCCUGAGUUCCUUGCUGACCUGCGCCCCAGCCAGACCCCAGAGGACAUGUUCAUAAAGAAGUUCUGGGAGUCCACCUUUGAUUGUACAUGGCCCCACCAGAGCGGCACAGUGAGAGAGGGUGUCCAGAUGUGCUCAGGCAAUGAGAGUCUGAAAAACAAGCGGUACCCUUUCCAGGAAGUGAGUAAGAUGGAUGCUGCUUACACAGCUGUCUACAGCAUUGCCCAUGCCCUGCAAGACGUGAUAGACCGUGGGCACCAGGAUGGGAAAGGUACUGACUCUCAGCACUUCCAUCCCUGGCAGCUUCUUCAUGCCCUCAGGAAGGUGCAUUUCAAAACUCCUGAUGGAAGUGAAAUUAUGUUUGAUGCUAAUGGAGAUUUGGUGACAAUAUUUGACAUUUUCCAAGGGCAGAAGACCCCCGAGGGUGUAUUUCACUUGGCCCAUGUAGGAAUGAUAGACCCUCAAGUCUUUUCGGAGAACAAAAUGAUGGUCCAUUUGAAGGAGGAUCUUCAAGUGCCCAGCUCUGUCUGCAGUGAAAGCUGCCUUCCGGGAUCCAGCCAAGUGCCCAGGGUGGGAGCCCCCCAGUGCUGUUUUGACUGCAGUCGUUGCCCCGAGGGACACUUUGCAGGCCAAAAAGACAUGAAGAGAUGUCUUCAGUGCCCCAAGGAGCAGUACUCAAGCCACAGCAGAGACCACUGCCUGCCCAGGACAGAGAGCUUCCUGGCUUUUGAGGAACCUCUGGGAUUCAUGCUGGCUUUGGUGGCACUCUUCCUGUCUGGUCUUGCUGUCCUGGUUCUGGGAGUGUUUGUGAAGCACAGAGACACCCCUGUGGUCAGGGCCAACAACAGAACCCUCAGCUACUUACUCCUGAUGUCUCUUUCCCUCUGUUCCCUGUGUGCCUUGCUGUUCCUUGGCCGGCCCAGUGUGACCACAUGCCUCCUCCGUCAGACCACCUUUGCUGUGGUGUUCACGGUGGCCAUCUCCUCUGUUCUGGCCAAGACUCUCACAGUGGUCCUGGCCUUCCGGGCCACCCAACCUGGGGGCAGGAUCCGGCUUUGCCUGAGCCCCAGAGCUCCUACCUCUGUGGUCCUCAUUGCUUCCUUCAUGCAGCUUGUUCUUUGUGGGGUCUGGUUGGCCAAUUCUCCCCCUUUUCCAGACAGGGAUAUGGUCUCGGAGCCCCAGCACAUCGUCAUCCAGUGCCAGGAGGGUUCUGGAGCCAUCUUCCUCUGUGUGCUGGGCUACUUGGGGAUCCUGGCAGGGGGCACCUUCUCUGUGGCUUUCCUGGCCAGGGGUCUACCAGAUGUCUUCAAUGAGACUAAGUUCCUGACCUUCAGCAUGCUGCUCUUCUGCAGUGUCUGGACAGCCUUCCUGCCCCUGUACCACAGUGCCCGAGGCAAGUCCACUGUGGCUGUGGAGAUCUUCUCCAUCCUGGCCUCCACUGCUGGGCUUCUGGGUGGCAUCUUCAUCCCAAAGUGCUACAUCAUCUUGCUGAAACCAGAGAGGAACACCCCUGCCUGGCUAAGGCAAGGCCACCAGGCACAGCCGGAUAGGCAGAGUGAGACGCUGCAUAGAAGGUGUCUUCCCAGGUCCACACCACACAAGUUUGUCAUAUAA